GUCAUUAUUUUCUCCAAAAACCAGUUGCCUUCCUUAAAAAGAUGGAACCUCGGAGAAAACACUCGACGGCCCUCCACACGUGUCAUCCCUGCCGGCGCGCCAUUCCAUACAGAAUCUACGCCGUAAUCCACACGUGUGGCAUCAUAGCCCUCAUGUAUCACCAUGUACUCUCACUUCUCACAGCAAACAACACUCUUAUAACAUGUCUUCUUCUCCUCUCCGAUAUUGUUCUCGCCUUCAUGUGGGCAACCACAACUUCCCUCCGGUUAAACCCGGUUCAUCGGACGGAGUACCCUGAGAAAUAUGCAGCUAAACCGGAGGAUUUUCCGAAGCUGGACGUGUUUAUAUGCACGGCUGAUCCGUACAAGGAGCCUCCGAUGAUGGUGGUCAACACCGCCUUAUCAGUCAUGGCUUACGAGUAUCCGUCCGAUAAGAUUUCAGUCUAUGUAUCGGACGAUGGAGGAUCUUCGUUGACUUUGUUUGCUCUUGUGGAGGUUGCUAAGUUCUCUAAGCAUUGGUUGCCCUUUUGCAAGAAGAACAAUAUUCAAGAUCGGUCCCCUGAGGUUUAUUUCUCAUCAGAGUCACAUUCUCAGAGUGAGGAAGCUGAAAACCUUAAGAUGCGCAUACGGCAUACGUAGGCCAACACAAUUCUUACUAGGUCAC